CGAUGUUACCCUCUUACGAGCGGAAAACCAGGGCCUGCGAAAGGCUAUCAUCAACGAGAAAAAGAAAGGCACAGUUUUUCAGUCCCUCCAAGAUCCAGAGAGCUCGCGAACUUCAAACACAGAGAGAACAGGAAAAGGUCGAUCAAGAGGCACAAACAAGGGCACAACGCAAGAUAGAGAAGGAAAAAAAGAUGAUAGAAAACCGUCUCCAACGAGAUGAGGCACGUACAAGGAGGGCUACGGAGAAGGCCCUUUUGGGGAAGGAGAGGCAGGCUAGUAAGGAGGCUCGAUUAGCCAACUUCCAGAUCUGUAGGGAGUCUAGAUCCUUUAAAACCACCAAGAGAAAGUCUACACAGGUGGUUUAAAGGCGAAGUCUACAGCCUCACGUUAUCCUCAGUGGUCAAGAAGAUACAGAGGGGGGUCCUUCGUCUGGGCGCCCACGGCGUGAGAAACGCCUCCCAAAACGCCUACAGGACUACGAAUUAGGUGGGAAAUAAGGCU